AGAGAACACAUCGAUCUAUCAACAUCGUUCCUUUGCAAUGUGGCCCAACGCAUGGCUGUUCAUACUGGAGGCUGUCGCCAUUACAGCAGCCAAUACUGCAACAAUCGUUAUCUUUGCAAGAAAACGUCGUCUUCACAAUAAGCAAUACAUUAUGAUUAUCAGCCAGGCUGUCGCUGAUCUCUUCGUUGGUCUUGUGUCCGUUCCCAUGUUUAUUGUAUCUAGAAGGGCAAAAGACCUGCCCUAUCCUUCCCUAGUAAGGAAACUCUAUUUUAUAACCGAUGGCUUCUUUGCAGCGGCUUCCUUAUUUGGUUUGGCAGCGUUGGCCACUGAACGAGCACAUGCAACAUACUUUCCAUUCAGACACUCUACAUUAGGCAAAGGCCCGUACAUCAUCGGGAUAGUUUUGAUGUGGGCAGCUCCAGUCAUCGUGGCAAUUGGCCUAUCUGUGAAUUUCAUGGAUAAUCAGCGCGCGAUAGUCAGGAUGGUGUUAAUUUGUUCCACACUUGUAAUCAUUUCUGUGGCUUAUUCUCUCAUCGUUUACAAAGUCCGAUGCCAAACCACUCAUGAUCAAGCUCAUGAUGUAACCAUCCAAGAAAACAAGAAACUGACUGUCACUCUUGCUGUUGUAACUGCAUUAAGUCUGGCCAUGUGGCUGCCCUUUCAAUUUGCNACAGUAUAA